CUAAAUUUAGAGCUAUCGAAUAAGUUUCUAUGAGAACCUGUGAUACCGCAACUUCUAUGCCAGCCGGCGCGUUCUUGUUGGCUCUCUUCGACAACAUAUGUGUUGUAACAACGUGCGUUGGCGUGAAAAUUUUCAUAUUAACGUGAUUUGUGUAUUCGGUUUGAUAGUUCAGCGCUUAACGGUGAGCAGCCAGUGAUGGUAACCAAGAGUGCGAAGAUCAAAACUCGUCCAGAUCCCGCUAUGGAUGAAAUUAGCGAUGAUGAGCCGGACUUCUCCGACCCCGAAGGUUUCAUUGAUGACAUUAACGACGAGGAUUUGCUUGAGGACUUAUACCGCGAGCGACCAGCAGAAGCUGACGGUCUUGAAUCCGUAAUCGUGGUGGACAACAUACCGAUUGUGACUCCUGAACGUCUCGAUAAGCUCAAGAGUGUUCUCCAUAAAACGUUCUCUCCGUUCGGCGAGACAAGUUCGUGGGAGUUUCCCAUUGACGAGGAAACUGGAAAAACAAAAGGUUUCGUGUUCAUCGAAUACCGGGACGCCACUGGAGCUCAGGAAGCUGUACAGCGCAUGAAUGGAUACAAACUAGAUAAGAAUCAUACGUUUAUCGUCUGCCCGUUCACCGACUUUCAGAAGUACGAGGCCCUCUCAGAAGACUGGCGCCCUCCGCAGCCACAGCCAUAUCCAUAUGGUCAAUACGGCAAUUUAGGUCUGUACCUUCAGGAACCUGACUGUCGAGAUCAAUUUGUCGUCACCUCGGAAAAUGGCCGCAAGGUAUCCAUGUAUCUGCAUGGAUUCCAGGAGGAUUCCUUACUUUUUGAGCGUGAUAACUUCACCGAUUUGGGUGUUAUAUGGUCGCCCAAAGGCACCUACCUUGCCUCAUUCCACGAACAGGGCAUCCAGUUGUGGGGAGGAGAAAAGUUUGAAAAGAUUCAUAAAUUUAAACAUUAUAAGGUGCGGUUAAUCGAUUUUUCACCAUGCGAGCGUUAUCUGGUGACGUUCAAUGAUGGUGUUGGAGGCCCAACAGGAAAAGGCUCUUCCGAUUUGCACGAAGAUGACCGGAAGCCCAGCGUUGUUGUGUGGGAUAUUUUAACAAUGCAGAAGAAGAGAACAUUCCAGCCUUCAGAAGAGAUCACAUGGCCCAUGUUUAAGUGGAGCCAUGACGACAAAUACUUUGCCCGCCAAACCGAGGACAAUAUUCAGAUCUACGAAACGCCUAGCUGUGGACUUCUGGACAAAAAAUCACACAAGGUAACCGGUGUGAAGUCGUUCAGCUGGUGCCCGACUUUAAACAUCAUGGCCUAUUGGGUAGCUGAAGACCGAGACGUACCAGCUAGGGUAAAUCUUUUGGAGAUUCCUUCUCGGCAAGAGCUUCGAUCGAAAAACCUGUUCAACGUAGCCGACUGUAAAAUGUGUUGGCAGAAGAAUGGCGACUACCUAGCUGUCAAAGUUGACCGUUUCCAGAAGUCUAAAAAAGAAGGCAACGUUAUCAAAUAUUCCGGGAUGUAUUUCAAUUUCGAGGUGUUUAUGAUUCGAGAGAAAAAUAUUCCCGUAGAUUCGGUCGAGUUGAAGGAUUCCUGCGUGAAUCAGUUGGCUUGGGAACCCAAUGGUUCAAAGUUCGCUGUCGUCCACGGAGAAGGCCAGCAUUCGGCUGUGUCAUUUUAUCAAGUCAAGUCUGCUUCAGUGACGCUGUUAAAGCGUAUGGAAAAAAAGUUGUGCAACAGACUUCUUUGGUCACCUAGUGGUCAGUUCAUUGUGCUUGCUGGUCUGAAGACACUUAAUGGCACACUCGAGUUUGUGGACACAGCGAACGAUUUCACCAUACUGACGACUGCUGAACAUUUUCGUUGCACGGACGUUGAGUGGGAUCCUACUGGACGAUAUGUAGUUACCUCGGUCUCAGCUUGGGCUGGGGACCGCUCGGAUAAUGCCUAUUGGAUUUGGAGUUUCCAGGGUAAGACUCUACGUAAAACGGCUCCGACAGGCUUUUGUGCAUUCCAAUGGAGACCCAGACCUCGCACCUUGCUAACUGAGGAUCAUAUUAAGGAAAUCAAGAAGAAUUUCAAAAAAUAUUCGCAACAGUUUGAAGUUAAGGAUCGCGCAUCACUUACCAAGGUAUCCAAGGACAUUAUGGAGAAACGCCAAAAAUUAAUGGAGCGACAUCGUAGCUGGCAGGCCGAUAAGAAUAAUAAACUCGCCAUUCUGAGGCCUCUUCGCCUCGAGCUUCGCGGUGGCGUUGACACGGACGCCCUAGAUACUACCGAAGAUCCUGAUGAUCUUGAGGAGGAAACUCUUUUUGUACUUGUCAAGGAAGAGAGCAUCGCACUCCCCGCGUAGAUCUUGAAGCUACAGCCGUAUUAUACAAACACUGGCUGAAAGACCGCUUCACCGCUUGAACCAUCUGUGAAAAAAGGGACUUCUGGCCGAUGACACAUGAUGUCGAAAAGUAGCAAACCAUGGACAAAAGUGGAACAAAGCACUUACGAAAAUAAACUAAUAAAUUCUUAUUAUUCAUACAAGUAAAAUUCUAUUGUCAUUGUCCAGUUGUGCUAACAAUUAAUAAGAAGUGUCGCUCACCUUAACUGAUUUGAUCCUGGUUAUACCUAUACAGAAAUUGCUGUAAACAGACCUCGCUUUUUGAUGUAAUUAACCUCCUCCCUCUAUCCCCUCCUAAAAAGGUGUUUGAAUCUCAGGUAAAGGAAAGUCUCUAAGACAUGAGAGUUAUACACGAUUGGAAACCAAGGAGAGUAUGUAAAAGCGCUUCAUCCGUUACUGCAAAUCAAUUGUAUAUAUUCUUUUGAUGGUUCUAAUUGCGUUUUAUCUGGCGGCAACUUUUGGCAAAACAUAAUAAAUGGCCAGCGUCUAAAUCCUGUUUUUUUACCUAUAAACUCCUACUCAAUAUACAGUAGGUGUAACAUUCUCUCGAGUAAAAAUUUUUUUGGCUACCUACCAGCAAAAAAAGAAAAAAAAAGACCGGAUUUUGAUUUUGUACAGUACUUUUGCUAUUGUAGGUACCCAGGUCGUCCCACGUAAGAACUGCUUGUGGGAAAUAGAAGUAUUUCACACUAUGCACAACAGGCUGCUGGUUUAUGGAAAAAAUUAGUAAAAAAUAGGUUAGUAAAAUUAUAAGAAACAGAAUUAUAUGCUACUGCAAAUAUCCCAAUCGAUUUUCAUGUGUACAUAUAUGUUGCCUUACAUCUUUAAGGGGUCAAUGUCCAACAGUUUCACUGCCACGUUGAAUUUUAUUACGUCAAAGUCAAUUUUUGUCUCACGAUUAUUAUACUAAGCCCAUACCAUCAGCGGAGUUGCUAAGUUUGGAUACAUACAUGAUACACUUGAAAGAUAUUCAACCUGCCAACCAGAUCAAUCGAUCUGUCCGAGAUAUGACAAGAUUCGUUCUACUUCUGUUUUUUCUAAUUUCUCCUUUAAGGGCUAGCAUCUUUGCCUAUCUCUACUAUUUGCUUUUGCUAACAAAAGGUUUGCGCGAAUUCCUCGUAAGAUGGACAAACGUAGCUUACUUCAUAAUAGUCAACUUCAAUAAUCAAACAAGCGAACUGCUGAUGUGAAUGUAAAGCUUAGAGAAACUUCAAUAAUCGACAGAUUUCAGUUUUAACGAAAAUGACUAAUGGUUUCUUCUGUUUCUGUGCAUUUAAAACUUUUCUAUUAUACGCCUAAUACCUUGACUCGUUGCUUCGAACUUCGGAAAAAAAUACCCACCUCGAGAAAUCGCCUCCAUUCUAUAGCAAUCUUUAGCAAAUUCAUAGUAGUUUCUCCUUUACUACUGUACCACUUGCAUGGUACAGACAAUACAAUGCAUAUAUCAAAUUAACAUAGCAAUAUGAAAUUAAAUAUUAAUUGUCUUCUACAUGAAAAAUAGGUAAGCUCAGACCAAAAAUCAACUUUAAGAUCCUUUGUUUACUGGACUGUUUCUUGUCUUUUAGCAAUUGUAGCAUUGACAGCAAGUAGCCUAUUGUAGUCAAUUGUUGUGCUACUUAUACAAUGGUCAAUCAAAAACUUCGAUCAGAAAAAAUCGAUUUUUGCCAUAACAAUAGCCCCCUAUAAAUUGAACCCAUUUUAACUACAUGAAUAGCACAAGUUCACUCAAUAACACUACUUAAAGUUCAUAUUUUAUAAAACGGUACCACCUUUAUACAUCUUUCAUAAAGAUUUAGUUGGUUUUCGUCGUCGGUAUAAGUAUAUACGUAUUUGUAAAUCGUUGGGAACUACCUGUCAAAGUUAGAUUUAAAAUAAAAAUUUAGUUCGAUCUGACUAUUUUAGAAGUUUCGUCAAAUAUUGGACAUUUACAGCAUCAUAGCUUAAUCUGCACGCAAACUACCUAUUUUUGUCCAUAUAAAACUCAUGGGGGCAAACCGAUGUAUACAGAAGAGCAAAUAAUGAGUCUUUAUUUAGGAAAAAGUUUUCUAGUAAGGAGAAAGUGUUUAAGAAAUUUGAACUACUUAAACCCUAAAAGUAUUUGAUUUCCGACUUGAAGGCUUAUAUCUUUCAAAGAGCGGACUCAUGGUUUCAUGCUCAACCCAAGAUGUUGCCUACCUUUUCUUUAUUCUCUAUGUGGUGUAAAACAAGCAUCAACUUACAUAUUGUGUACUUUUCGAAAACAGUAAAGCCUUUGUGAUUUUCCUUGCCAUUGUAAUAAUCUUUAUUUAAUGUCUUUGCUAAGUUUAUUUACUGAAUUAGUUACAGUAAUAGCUUGUGCCUAUUGGAUGGAGUUCUUUGUCCAAGUGCUUUUUUCGCGGUAUUUCUGGCUCUCGAAGUUGAUUUUGUUUGAACCGCUGUAAUUCCGCAAGUCAGAGAUAAAACCCAGUCGCGUACUUUCUUACUGUUUCAUCAUACAGUUUCAGUCAAGAAAGUAUUUUCGAUGUUUUUUGAAAACGGUUGCAUAAUCUCCAAUUAAUAACUUAUUCUUUUUACACCGAAGCUCAUGUAAGCAAGAACUCUUUGUCACGAAUCAUUGUUAAUUACUAAGGUAUUCACACACACUAACUAGCUUAAUAAAUACUGUUUUAUACUUCAGUCAGUAACAUUCACUGCCUAAACAAUUUAUGUAAUCCUAAACUUCUAUAUAUAUAUAAAACAACUUAUGUGGUAAAUUAUGUAAACGUUCCUAUAUUUUUUCCCGAAUACCUUUAAUAGUUUUAACUGGAUACCUUUAGUUAAAUUGGCCGACCAAUUUAAACAAAAAGGUUAUGUGAACUAAAAGCACAAUUCUUAGGAUCUCGUACUCUUAUUUCUUUCUGAAUUACAUUACCAUAUCUAAUUUUUAAUAUGCAUUUGAUAAAAUUCAUAUAAUAUAUCGAGGCCACACCUUGCAUAUCUUGAGUAAAGUGUAGUUUAAAAAAUCUUUCGUUAUAGUUAUCGUAAUACAAGGAGGUUAUACACAAAAGGUUCGAAGCCAAAAGCGGUCCCGAAUGUACAUUAAAAUAGUACAAAACAUUAUUUUUGGUUUUCAAACUCGAAUUAGCAAAGUCCUACUAAUCAACGGCGUACUCUUAUUACAACUGAUAUGUUUUAAAGCUUAAAUUAGCCAACUCCUAUUAAGGAGCGGCGUACUCUAAUAAGAACUGAUGUGACAUUUGACAGUCAUCGAGACACGAAACUCAACUAUUGAAUUGAGCGGCGAUCAAGGAAGACUGUUUAACAACGCUAGCCUGUAAAUUUUAACUAAGUGCUAUUUGAUUAGCCAAUAAAAAGUUACUUUUCUGUCAUAUCUCAUAUAGCCAUAUACUGAUUCAAAUUUAUUUCGUGGCGUAUAUAUAGCUGUUCGGAACGCUAAAAGCUUUCGAUAGGCAAAAUGAGGCAUUCCCCACGAAGAAGCAGCCCACAGAGCAUAGCUAAUGCGCCGGCGCGCGCACGCCACAGGGAACCGGUCCUCUCUGUUAUACACUCGAUGGCGACUCGGUCACAAAUGACGGCCGACAGCCGAUGAGCAACAACGCGCCCCCAAUGCCCGCCCAUGAGUACAGCCGCGGGCGCCUGUUCGAUGUCUGCUCGCUUCUGUGACCAUAUAAGGGAUGCCGGCUGGGUGUCGAAUCGACUCUCCGAAAUCUUUCCGCUGGAAAGGAGAUCCCCUCCAGACUUAGCGGGCUCCUGCGAGCUGAAUAAAGACGCAACGCUAUUUGAAAAGUUGUUCUUAAACUUAGUUUCCUUAGGCACUUUAGUAAAAUCGAUGUUUGCCAGAAUGAAACGUUUGUUUGAAAAGUAAGUGGGCUCUCAACGGGGGCCGUAUUGUAAUCUGCUUACUGUGAAUGACACUUGUUCAUUGUCAAUCCAGGCUUACAUAUUGUCAUCGAUACACCGGACGAAAUAAACUUAUAUUUGGGUAGUCGUGAUAGCCUGGGUGGGUAAGGCGUUGCGGGUAAUUGGAUCUGUCAUGGUGGUCUUGGCGGACCGGUCGGUAGGCGCCAUCUUAUAUCUGACGGAUUGUUUAAAUGUGGCGCCAUGCGUGGAAAGCCACUUAUAUUUUUUGUCCCAAAGACAUUUGCUACAUUAUCCGUCAUUUUCACAGGUAAACGUUCCCUAUAAACUAAACGUACUAUUGUCUUGCGCAGGGCUCGCAAUGCGAAUAGUUGGUUCCAUUGCCGCACGGCCGAUGGUGCGUUGAUGGACGAUGUCAUAUUGAGCCAAAUGUUAUCACGCGUGUCCCCGAUCGUGUGCUGGGAACGAGCAUGAACAUGUUUUUUGCAGUCGUAAGUGUUCUGCACCGAUUCGACUAAGCUAGAUACGCAUGUCGAUUUUUCACAGUGUCCUGGCUACUUGCACGAGACACGGUCGAAGUAGUUCUAUGGUCGUUCCACGACAAACCUCAUGCAAUCCGUCACUGUGCCGCUGGUGUAUCGGCAGCGCCAUAACCAUCACAACGCAGUUACUGACCAUAGCGGGCGAGUUGUGGCCGCGUUAGCGGGUUUCAGCGGCGAUCGUGGCGCCCUCAUCGCGGCGGUUACGGCGGAGGGGUUUCGUUGUGCUGUGCAUCAGCAGAUUCAGGAGCUUUGCUUUGGGUAGCCCCAGUUGAGUGUCUAGCCGCCAGCUUCAAGGGAACGACAGGCAAGCGGCAACGGUGUGGCUAUCGACGCGAACACUGUGGAGCUAAAAGAACGGUUUUGUAGCCCGUUGUUUGUGUGUCUGUGUGUGUGAGCGUCUGUGAAUAUUACGUUAGUCGCUUGA